AUGGCGGAAGGCGAAGUGAGUGGGUCCCCCCCGCGCGAUCUGUUAAACCGGUACAGAAGCAAGUACCGCCAAAUAGACCUCGACAAGGCGAAAACCAUCCUGCAGAAGCAUUUUGGCAUUUCGGAAUUCAAAGAAAAACAGGUGGAGUGUCUAAACGCAAUUAAAAACUUCCAGCAUGUCCUUAACAUCAUGCCAACAGGAGGAGGAAAAUCACUCAUUUAUCAGGUAACCCCACUGCUAGUCGAAGGAAUCAGCAUAGUUAUCAGUCCGUUAAUCUCCCUCAUGUAUGACCAGACAAAAUCACUGAACAGGAAAAAUAUAGUCGCAGAAACGAUCAAUAGCUCCCUCAAGAAAAAAGAAAAUGAGAAAGUCUUCAGUCUUCUCAAAAACUACAAUAAUUGUGACAUAAAAGUUCUGUACGUAACCCCCGAGACAGCCACUAGUGACUACUUCCUGACUGUAUUGAAGGAGCUUUACCUCAAUGAAAAGAUCGCUUUGAUCUCUAUUGACGAGGUACACUGUAUAAGCACCUGGGGUUGCGACUUUAGGAAAAGCUAUCGGAAUUUGAACAAAGUGCUGAAGGCCUGUCCCUACGUGCGCGUGUACACCUGCACGGCCACCGCCACGAAGUCCGUGGAGAGGGACAUCAUUGUGAAUUUGAACUUGGAGGGGAGCUGCGGGGAGGAGGAGAGGGAGCAGCAGAGGGGGAAGGGGAACGAGAAGGAGAAUCAGAAGGGACAGACUAAUUAUCAAACGAGUGAACAGACAGACCAGACGGACCAAACGAAUGAUCGGACGGACCACACGAAUGGCCUCGCGAGCGAUAACCCCAUUGAUAUACCUAACGACACUCAGAGCAACGCCCCACUCAGUUGCGACCCGGAGGGGGGAACCCUCAACUCGCUGCGAAUCGUCCGCACGUCGUUUAAUAGACCAAAUCUGAAGUACGUCAUCGUGUACAGCGACCUGAUCCAGACAAAAAAGAAGGAAAGCAUUUUUCACAUCAUCCAGGAGAAGAGAAAUCUGGACAAGAUAGGUAUCAUAUACUGUUUUAAACGGAACACCUGUGAUGAAAUUUCCAUGUACUUAAGAGAGCAGGGAUUCCAAGCCCUGAGUUAUCAUGCCGGAUUGAGCAACAGCGCAAGGAAGAGAAUACAAGAAAAGUGGGUCAACGGAAAUGCGAAAAUCUUAGUGGCAACCAUAGCAUUUGGCAUGGGUAUCGACAGGAAGGAUGUUUCCUUUAUUAUUCAUUUUAAUUUACCCAAGUCGAUAGAGAAUUAUUAUCAAGAGUCUGGACGUUCUGGCCGAAACGGAAACAUUUCCUUUUGUUAUCUCUACUAUUCCAAGGAGGAUGUAGAGAAACUCUCCUUCAUCAUUCGAAGCAGCUAUGCCAACUUAGACAUGCAGGACCUCACCAUACAGAAGAAGUACGAGAAGGAAAUAUACAACCUCGAGUGCGUGCACAAUUUGUGUGUCCAGGAGAAGUGUAUACGGUCGCAGAUCCUGGCGCACUUCGGCGAGCUCCCUCCCCCCAGGGGUGGUAGCGGUGGUAGUAGCGGUAGUGGCAGCGGCAGUGGAAACGGUGAUGACGACUACUGCUGCUCCUACUGCUCGGACGUAAAAGGGUCGAGGCACAAAAUCGAGAGAGUCAUUCAAAUGCACCAGGAGGCGAACUGGAACAUCCAAUCCAAUUACAACAGGAGCAGUGACAACCAGGUGAAAUCCUUCACCAGCGUCCUCCACACAAAGAAGCAUAAGCUAAGUGACUAUUCCGACUCAGACAAGGAACGUGGGCUAGAUGAGUAUAAAAUAACAGAGCGAAAGAUUAAAGGCUUUGUUCCCUUCCAGAGUGCAUCAUCGAUAAUUUCGAAAGAAAUCCGAGCCAAGGGCAUCAUUGAAGUUAUGAAGGAGCUGGAGAGAAGGGAGGAGCUGAUGGAGCAGAACAAACUGGAAAGACACAAGCUGCAGGAGGAGCGGUCCCCCAAGAUGGAGAAAAUGACGCAUUCCAUUUCGUACUUCACUAAUGUGCAAAGGAAGCCCGUCUUUUCCUCCUUUAAGGUUCCCCGCAAGUUGUGA